CUUGUUUUACACACAGCUCCGUAUGCAGCUAUAGGCGGUGGAGUAGCAGCAGCAGUAGUGGUAGUAUGCAUCAUUAUCAUCAUUCUCGUUUAUAGAUGCAAGUGCAAGCCGCAACAAGACCCAAACAAUGGUUCCGGUCUCGAGGAGAUGGCAGGUGAAGAAGCACCACCUCCUGGGUACGAGACUACGACUUUGGCUUUUCCCGAAGCUUCUGGCAGUGACUCUUUGCGCAUGAACAUGGAGAACGACCAGCAAGGUGAGAUCGAGAAUGAAUAUUUAACGCCCCGAAUGAAGAGAGGGACCAUGCUACAAGCAGAGUAUGUCAACAUGAAUACCAGAGACAACCCAGUAGUCAUGGUAACGGAGGAUAUCUACGAAAACAUGGCGGACAAUGCCGCAGGUAAACACGUCGUAACUUCGAAGGAAGCGGAAUAUUCGGUUGUAAUCUAAAGCUCAAAGGAGAGAAAUCUGAAUUCAUUAUUUUAUAGGCUCAAAGGUAAUGCUGAAAAACAUCCCGGAAAACUUCAUAUACAAUUUGUGAUGCUCAAAUCAGCCCUGGCCUGCAAAUAAAUGCCGGAACCUCGAUGUUCUCAUCGAUUCGAACAUGACAGUGUAACUAGUGUAACUAACUGGGCGGGGCUUAACGUGACCUCGAGCGAAAGGAGACCAGACUGUAGAGUUUCAGGAUUACUUUCUUCUGUUUUAUAAUAUGGACAUCCUUGAAUUUAUAUGAUGAUUAUUUAUAUGACGUUUCUUGUGUGGGGAAACUUUGAAAUUUAUACGAUGAUUUUUUUAUACGACGUUUCGUUAAAGAGUUUCGCGAUAAAUUGUUUUGUGUGUGGACACGCUGUCUAAAUCAUAAUAUAUCCCACACAUGUAUAGCCAUUCAGAUUCCAACUCUGCAACCUUUGCACAUACAAAAAUUUGUCUCACCUCCCUGCUGACCUGACGCGUAAGUUUACUGAAACAUUGGACUUGGUUCAUUCUCUUAUUCCUUUCCGGUAAGACUUUAAAAUUCUCUUCUAAUACAUCUUCCUGACUACCAGCUAGUCAGCUACAACGCCUCCCACAACUCCAUAGACUCAGUGGCCAGACUUGUAGCUCUCACUACAGGCACCACUCACAUCUCACCCAUCCUUCAUCAGGCACUGCACUGGCUUCCUGACCGCCAGCGUAUCAUCUUCAAAGUCAUUCUUCUCGUCUAUCAAGCUUUUCAUUGCACUGCACCCUCCGACAUACAAGACCUACGAACCACCACGACGACUCCGCUCUGCUCACACCUAACUUCUUUGCAUCCCACGUUCACGUCAAUCCUGGGCCGUGAAGGCGAUCGCUUUCAAGUUCUGGCCCUGAAGUGUGGAACACACUCCCUCCUCCCCUCCGAAAUGGAAUAACCUCUUUAUGUUUCGAAUAUCAUUCUACAUGUAAAUAGUAAGGCCAAAAAAACAAAACAUGUUUAGCGUCCUGUUUUUUU